AUGUAUCACGAUCAACGUUUUCAGCGAGACCCUGCCUUUCCGUUCGUUGCCUUCAGUCACUCGCAAGUUAAACAGACCAUCACCCAGAGUUUCCUGGUUGCUAAGCAGGAACGAUUCCAUGACGUUAUCACACGACUACUCAGCCUGAAUCGCACUGUGUUGCAAAGUAUAGCGACGCGAAUGAGCGACGGCGAACACGUUGUUCCUGUCACAGACGACGAAAAAGAAUGUUGGAAAGUCAUCCAGGAUAUCGACAGUGUAGCGGGCCAUGUAAUGGGAACGACUUCCGGCAGGAAAUGGAUGAGAAACGAGAUAUGGUCCCUGAUUGCUCACAUAGGUUCACCCGUAUGGUACAUUACGAUUGCGCCAACUGAUAUCAAGCACCCGUUGUGUUUGUACUAUGCAGACACAAAGGAGGAAUUCAAACCACAUGUAUUCCCUGACUCGGAUGCACAGAAAGACGAUCGGUUCCGCAAGGUGGUUAACAACCCUGUAGCUGCAGCGCGUUUCUUUCACUUCAUGGUCGAGACGUUCAUUAAGCAUGUGCUAGGAGUCGGAUCGGGAUGUCCGGGUCUGUUCGGCAAGACGUCUGCAUACUACGCGACUGUCGAACAACAAGGGCAAAAUGCAAAGCGAGGAUGCCGCGAGAAGUACGAGAGGAAUCCGGAGUGGAUAUGGACACUGGCGCGCUCCGGUUCAAACAUCUCGAACCGUAUAUGA